AUGAAUAGUCUAAAUGAUUAUGAAAUUUUAGAAAAAUUAGGAUCUGGUUCUUAUGGAGAUGUAAUGCUAGCAAAAUGCAAAGCUAAUGGGUAAUUAGUAGCCAUAAAAGCUAUGGAAAAGAGAUUGUUGAUAAAGGUUUUAAUAAGCAACAAUAAAUUAGGAAAAAAAACAAUAUUAAGUUUUUAUAGAAAAAGAAGUAUUAUCAAGGGUUAAACAUCCCGGUUUGAUAAAUAUGAUAGCUAGUUUCCAAAGUUCAGCAUAAAUAUAUUUAGUGCUAGAAUUUAUGGAAGGGGGGGAUUUUGCUAAUUUCCUAAAAAUUAAUAGUAAUCGCAAAUAGUGAUUUUAGGAAACAUGUCUUAUCAGACUAUAGUAUUUUAUACUGCAGAGAUCGUGACAAUAUUGGAAUAAUUGCAUUCGAAUGGGAUUGCGCAUAGAGAUGUGAAAGUAAUUAGUUAUAGAUGAUUUAAAGCCAGAAAACAUAAUGGUGGCAAAUAAUUUACAUAUAAAAAUGAUAGAUUUUGGAACAGCUAAUUUCUUCGAUGAACAAAACCUACCAGAUAAUGUGCGAGAUAAAUUGAAUGAGUUAAGAGAGAUUAGCAAACAGGAUGAAAGAUUUUUAGAUGAAAUAGACUAAUAUCAAUAGAAACACAAAGCUACUUUUGUAGGAACUGCAGAGUACGUAUCGCCUGAACUUUUGGAAGAUGAUAUUUGUGGACCUUAAGCAGAUUUAUGGGCGUUGGGAUGCAUAAUUUAUAAAAUGUUUACAGGGACAACUCCUUUUUGUGAUUAGACAGAAUAUUUAGUAUUUUAGAAGGUCAGAUCUUGUCAGUACCCAAAAAGUAAUAAAAUCUCUUAGGAUGGAAUGGAUUUGAUAAGUAAGUUAUUGGUUAGAGAUCCUUUAAGUCGAUUAGGCGGAGGAUUGCCCAGUAAAGUUUAUUUACGAUUUUAGAUUCUCACAACACAUAUCGGGAACUAAAGAGCCAUCCAUUCUUUAAGGAAAUCAAUUGGUAGCAACUAUGGAAUCAGAAAGGACCUGAAGAUGUUUAAAUCCAUUUGAAAAAGAUUACAACUUAGGAAUACACUCAAAAAAAGCAAAGUGCCACUUUGAAACCAGAAGUAGUAAUAACUGGAUUAGUUAAUAAGAAAACAGGUUUGAGUUCAUGAUUAUAAAUUAAGGAUGGAUGAUUUAUAAAUUAAGAAAUAUGAUAUUGUACGAUUUUGAAAUUCCUAAAUUGGAAUAUUUCGAUCCUAAUACUGGAUUAAAAAAGGUAAAAAGAAUCUGUUAUAGCUAUACGAAAGGGUUAGAUCAUUUUGGACAAAUCUGUAACAAUAGAAUUAUUGAAAGGAUAAUUUAAUAUUGAUGUACCUAGCAAAAAGAAGUAUUAUUUCAAAGUAAGAAUAUUGCUUAAACUUAGGAAUGCGAACAUCCUGCGUAAUUAUGGGUUGACAAAAUAAAGGAUGUGAUGAAAAAAAGGCUGAAUUGUGAUUGA